CUCUUUCUGUUUCAUAUGUGGCUUCCCUUCAAACUAUUCAAAGCAUUGAUUGGAUUGGCAUUUGCUUGCGCUCUUGGAGUGACCUUCUUAGUUUUAGCUUGCGCCUUACCGCAGUACAACAACUGGUGGCCCAUGUUUGUUUUAUUUUUCUACUUCUUGUCACCAUUGCCAACGAUUGUUGCCAAGAGAUUAUCAAAUAGUUACGACUCUUCCAGUAGUGCUUGCAUUGAGCUCUGCAUUUUCCUCACAACUGGUAUUGUGGUCUCUUCCAUUGGACUGCCGGUUGUCCUUGCCCAUGUGGAAGUGAUCCAGUGGGGAGCAUGUGCACUGGUCAUCUCUGGUAACACCGUGGUGUUUCUGACUAUACUGGGCUACUUUAAAGUCUUUGGUAAUGAGGAUAUCGAGUACAGCAUGUGGUGAUGUGCAAUAACUGACUUGUGGGAUGACAUUGUUACUCUAAAAAUAGAAUUAAUAACUCAUUUGGCUUUUGCUUAUAUUCUAGAAUUUUCAAGCUUUGGCCUAUUCUCUUUGGAAAUGAAGUUAUUGUAAUAACACUGGCUAAUAUGUAGCCAAUCAAAAACUUGUUUUAUCUGCAAAGAUUUUGUCAUCAUUGCAAAUGCAGCCUUUCAGGUUUUGUCAUCAGUAGCCUAUGUCGAACAAUCUCUUGAUAUGUGAUUAAUAUUUGAUAAUUAUUUACACUCAACUCUAUUGAUAGUUUAACUGGUUCAAAAUGAAAAAAAAGGCACACUUCACUUUGAAUUCUUUUGUCUUAACCUUACAAAUAUUCAAGUAAGCAUUCACCUAAAUGAUUUUCCAUGUUCUCAUUGUAAAUACUGUAAGCAUCAGAUCUGAUCAUGUGAAAGACAUGUACAUAUUUGUACCUUGAGGGCAAGAUUGGUAUUUGAGUAACAAUCCCAUAGUUAGAAAAUAAUUCAACCAAAUUGUUUUAUGACCUACAAAGUUUGGGUGAUAGGAAAGGUACAGUAAAUAUCUAAUUUUGUGUUUAUUAUCUGAGUUUGAGACAUUUGGUCAUAACAUUCCUGCUCUCAAGGGGAUGUGUUGUAAAUAAUAUACUCAAAAGAACUCAUUUUGUUUUGUGUUGGUGUGACUACUUACGUUUGAGUGGCAUGAACUAUGUGUAGUAAAGAUAUGUUCAUAGAAUUCUGACAUAGAAGUUGUGUUCAUAGUACCUACAGAGUACCAGGAUGAGAUGUUCAAAAGUAAUAAUGAAACAGCUUAUUAAUGUACAGUGUUGGCCUCUGCACUUGCUGUCUAUAUUUGAAUUAUUUUUAACCAUACUUUGUAAAUAAGCAAAAAAAAAAAAAAUCUUUUAAAAAACAAAGCUUAUAUUAAGUGAGCACUUUUUAAUCACUGCCAUAUCACUCAGUAUUGCUAGGUUUAUCUCCCUUUUUCUAUUUGGAACAAAAUCAAAUAAUUAAUUACCACUAAUUGAUUACCUAUUCUUUUUUUAAUUGAUUCAUGUGUUGUCAUCAACAUUUAAUAAUUUUUGCAACAUUUCAACUUGAUUCAAGAAUGGGAAGAGGGAGAAAUCAAGUGUGAAAGAAUCCUCUCACACAGACGGAGUGAGUAAAAAUAUAAGCUUUGUUAAAAAAAAAAAAACAACUUUGGGCACAUCCUGGCAUAUCUUAUCAGUUGGUUAAAAAUUUUUUUUUAAUUUAAGCUGACACUUUCAUUAGUCUCAAUAACAUUGAUAUAAAUUUUGUUAACGUAAAGAUGAAUAGCAAUCUCUCAUAACUACCUUAAGUUUGAAGAUCUUUAAACACAGUUACGCUAUAACCCUGAGUUAUAAAUAAUGUUGAACACACGGUUUAUUUAUUUGUAAAUAACAAUUUAAAAUAGUUUUACGUCUGUAAAUAGAAUUGCAUUUUAUUUUAUUCUCGUGAUUUCAACAAGUGAAACAAUGAAAUAGUGUCCUACAUUUUUGGCCAUCCCUUUUUUUUUUCAUUUCUGUCCAAUACUUUAAACAGGUUAUUUCUUUUCAGCACAUUUUACAGUUAUCUUUUUGUUUUUUUGUCCAACCUUUUUUUAAACAGCAAAUAUAUCUGUCCAAAAUGUUCAAUACUUUUCUGUCAAGCACAAUGCGAUGAUGGCUCAUGGAAUGGUCUAAAUUCAGUAAGACUGCUCUUUUGAUUUAAGCUGAAAUAUUAUGAAAACGAUGUUUCUAAUAUGAAAACGAUGUUUCUAAUGCGGUUUUACAGCUUUUGAAAAUAGAUCAUCAGUACUUUGGUGUGUUUGGUGGGGGAUCAAAAUGCUUAUGAGACACUAUUGGUAUGGGUCGGGUUCAGCUUGGUUUGGGGUAGCAGGAAGAAAAUAUGUAGACAGUGCCGCCAGAAGAAAAGUGAUUAGCAGUGGCAUAGCUAGGAAUUGGCCAUCAUUUGGGGGUCGGGGGGCUUGCCUCUUUAGGGCCCCUGCAUUUUGUGUAAAAUUUAAUGUAAAAAACAAUUUCAAACACAUUUGGGCCCCCCCCCCCCCCUUUCAGCUAUGUCACUGGUGAUUAGGCAGUUGUUUGAUCUGGCUUCUAGGGAGAGGUGAACUCUGGUUGUACACAUCUGUCUAUAAGUGUGAUGCUGACCAAAAGUAUUCAUUUUCUAGCAUUUAUUAAAUAAUCAAAAUUUUUGUUAAUAAUCUACUUGCCAAUGUGUUUUUUUAUGCAUUUUUAAAAAAAUGAAAUCCUAACCAGGUACUAAUUUUUCUCAAAAACCUUUUUAAGACAAAGACUUGGUCACAUAUAUACUUUUUCUCUAAUAUAAAGAUAAAAGAAUGGGUUAUCAAACAAAAUUAUUUUCAUAGGCCAUUAUCACACUUGUGCAAGUACAUCAAAAAAAAAAAAUUGAUUCCAAGCUAAUAAAAACAUUUUGAUUUUGUCCAAUGUCUUCAUGCAGCAAUAGAUGUCUAGUUGUACAAUCUAUUCAAUAAAUUGUGUAAGAAAGAUA